CCGAGUGUACCUCGAGCGCCACUCUGUGUGUUAUCAUCGCGAAUGUGUACGUGAUAUGCGAGCGCAUGUGUGGGUGCCCGUAAAUGUAUGCAUACAGAGACAAUAGACCGAGAGUCACAGUCAGUCAGUCGCAGGCGUACGAUACCGUGGGAAGCCCAGUGCAGCUACGAUUUUUCCCUCUCGAUAUAGUAGUAUACAGUAGGUGCGCGCGACGCCUCGACGCGCAUUCGUAGAUCGUACACCCCCCCGCGCGCGACGCCCGACUCUCAGAACCCCGAUCCAUAUUCCCCACAAUAAUCCAAGUAUAUCAUACACAAUAAGCAACGGGGAAGAAAGGAUAUUUGCAAGCUGCGCAAGCAUCACGCAGCAGCAGCUGUUUUUACUCGCUUCGAUUGUGCACGAGAUAUCGUCACCGGAAAAAACGAGCCUAACGUCAACAUGCUGCUGAGCUUGACGCUGCUACUGGCCACGGCCGUCGCAAGCUCGCAAGCCUCCAUGUACAAUCUACCCGAGGCGAACGAGAUCAUGAGCGACCGACUGCUGCGCGGCAUACUCGAGCGAAUGAACGGCGAGCUCGCCGCGGAGCAGAUGGACGACGGUACGGGGCGGGGUUAUCUCGUCCAGCCGCUCAUGAGCCGCGACCGCUACGAGAUCAUGGACGACGGCGACGACGCCGACAUCGACGAUGAGAUCAUGGACGACGAGAUCGCCAACAGCGACAAGGAGAUACCGCUCGAACUGCCCUACGAUUACGAGGGCGUUUACGAGCAGCCCAAGACGAGCAUACGCGAUCAGGAGUACCUGAGGCACAGCAGCUUGUGGAGCCACAAUCAUCAUCGCCAGGGCCUGGACGAUUACAAGGCCAACGACAGGCACAAGAUCGUCGCCGCCGGUGCCAAGCAGCCCAUCCUGCAGAAGCUUCAGAAGCAGAACCUCCAGAAGGAUCCGGCCAGCCAGUUGCCGGCAUAUUGCACGCCGCCGAAUCCAUGCCCCGUUGGUUAUACCAGCGAGCACAAUUGCAUCGAGAAUUUCGAGAACACGGCGGCCUUCAGUCGGGACUAUCAGGGCGCUCAGGACUGCAUGUGCGACUCCGAGCACAUGAUGGAGUGCCCGAACUCCAUCGACCAGGACAACAACGUCGUGCCGGCCAUGCAGAUGGACAACACCGAUUUCGAUCAGAUCGUCCAGCAGUUGCAGGACAACAACAAUCCAUUCCUCGAAGGGGAGAAAUUACCAAUCGCCGCUAAGAAGGGACUUAACGUCUAUUGAAUAUGUAACGUGUAAUUUUUCCGAGGCAUGAAAAGUGACAGAUAUAUUUGUACGAGAUAUAUAUAUAUAUUUAUAUAUUAUUUUUGUGGAUUUAUUUUUCAAAAGAGACCGACGAGGAUACUUAACUCAAGUGAACCAGAUGUAGAAUAGUUAUUCAAAACAAAUAAUAAAAAUAACGAUAUAAAAUAAGGUUGACCCAAGUACAUAAAAGAUAUUUAAAGAUAUAUGCGUUUGUUAAAAAUGUUUUUAAUGUUUCUAUAUAAAAAGUUCUUUACAAAUACUUAAAUAUACAUUCUCAAAUUCUAUGCCAGGCUGUUACUAGUCAUAUCAUAUGGUUGAUGUUAAAAUGGUUUAAUUAUUAUAUUACAUCUAUUCAAUACUCUACUAUUUGUACCACAUCUUUUUCAUUGCGUUUGUAUGUUAAAAAUUGGUUUACAUCACUUAUGAAAGUCGACAUUGUAUAAUUUAUAUAGCUAAUGACUCAAAAUAUAUUUUCGAUUUUAAAAUA